CUUUUAAAAAAAAUCGUUAAUUAAUUGAGUUUUGGUUUGUUUUGUCGUAUCGUUUGACAAUCACUUGAGACACUCACCCGUGGUUUGCGUUGAAGACAAUUGUCUGCACGUCUUGUGUCCCAAAAUGUCUGCCGAAUUGGAGGACAAUAAUGUCUUGAAGUUAUCCAAAACUGAAGCCAAGGAACUGCUCCAGAAGUGGAGGGAAGAGAACGCCCGACACUCGGAACAAGUGAGGGAUAUCUGGAUGAACAUCGACUUCGGCGGUAGUCUUGGAGACGAGAAGUGGCAGGUCUUGGAGCAGGUGUGCGUCGCCGCCAUCGACCUCCACGACAACGAACUCAUCAAAGAAUGUCUGCAACAGUUAGACAGCAAGUUCCCCAACAGUUGUCGCGUCAAACGGCUGAAGAUUAUGGCGAAACUGGAGUUAAGAGAGCGCUUCGAAGACGCCCUCCAGAUGUACGACCAGAUGAUCGCGAAAGACGAGUCCAAUUCCCUU